AUGGCCCCUCUCGCCCCCUUCAAUCCUCCACUGGGUCCCAACCCGGUCUUCGCCCAGCCCACCGAGCAGACGCUUCAGAUGAAGGAAAAGGUCUUCUCGUUGACCGGCGACGACUUCACCGUCACCACGGUGGCCGGGAUCCAGGUCUGUCGCUGUAAGGGAAAAGUGCUGUCCAUCAGCAGUGCGAAAAAGUUCACCGAUAUCAACGGCAACGAGAUCUUCACUCUAAAGAACAAACAUUUCUCUUUGCACAAGAGCUUCCACGCCGAGGCUCCUAAUGGUCAUGACAUCUUCCAGGUCAAAGGCCAUUUUUCGC